GGUUGCGCUGCACGAGUUGCUGUAUAGCGGUCAGCUGAUAUUACCGGGAGUAACUUUCCAAUGGGAGUCCGCGCACCGCUGUCUACGUGACAUCACCGCGUCCGUUCUGACCUAAUCGAGAAGCGUUAUUUUGUGGUUGCAGCUUCAGCGUUUACGGCCGAUUUCAGCGACGAGAUAAUAAAACAAGCACGCACUGAAAUACAGCAGAGGAAGUAACAGCACUUGGGUGGACAAAAACUCAUUUUUCUUUUAAAGGUCACCUCCUCAUCUGCGGUGUGCAGAUGAAUUACGAGCAGCCUCCCCCCUACACGGGGCCAGGCCCCAGCGCUCCAGGAUACCCCCCUCCCGCCGCUCCCGGGUACCCUCCUCAAGGGUAUCCUCCUCAGGGAUACCCUGCACAACCGUACCAAGGAUAUCCAAUCCAUACUGACCAGCCCAACCCUGGUUACCCAAACUACCCUCCUGGACCCCCUGGGUCGUACCCGGUACAGCCAGGAUACCAGGGGUACCCACAACCACAGUAUGGUGGCCCGGUGUAUGGGGAACCUCCAAAAAACACUGUGUAUGUUGUGGAGCAGGGCAGGCGGGAUGAUUCUGGGGAGCAGGCAUGUCUAACUGCAUGUUGGACGGCCCUGUGUUGCUGCUGUCUCUGGGACAUGUUGACCUAGAAUAAUAAGGAAAACCACUGUGAGCCCCUCUUUUAUUUGUAAAGAUCUUUCACUCCACGUUUCAGUCCUUAUCUCUGUGUGACUACUGAAAGCGUAAUUGAGAAACAAACAGAGUAAUGUUUUGGUUGUCCAUUUCCAGUAGUCCGGCUUUGGAGCACCACUUUUUAUUCCUUCAGUGAUGCACGAUAUGCACUGAGAGACUUGAUUACAUGCGUCAAGCUUUUUUGUAGAGGCAUAUUAAACUGAAUGUUUUUAUUAUUAUUUGUCUUUUGAAAAUAAUACAGAUGUCAUCUUCAUUAAUGAAUGCAUACAUUUACAUUUUGCUUGUUUAUAGACCAGAUUUGAUAAUCAGAUAUGGCCUUGAAUGUUUGAGCUGUCUUAAUGAGUCAAUCACAGAAAAAGUUUGUUUCUAUUAAAUAAAAUAAUGGAAAUAUGA